UCAGAGGAGGAUGAAUGGGUGGAGAGAAAUAAUUCCUCAGAUGAUGCAACAUUAGAGAAAAAUGCAAAAAAUACUCCUCAGCGUGAUUCUUGGAUGAUGUUUCCUAUUCCAUCAGAAACAAACAUGAGAGUAAACACAGUAGAAAGAAAAGAGAAGACUGAAGAUAAUGAUUCAUCAUUGAAACUUUCGUCCAACAAUUCGGAGCUCGGGCAACAUCCAAAAGAGCUAAAUCCAUACUGGAAGAAAGGAGGAGGAGGCUUGCCAUCAGAAAAAAAUACUGAAAAAGUGGUUUCCACUGGUGGUAACAGAGCUUGGUUCAAAAGAGCGUACGAGCGAGCCAAACAACAGGCUGAAGACGAAGGUAGAUCAUUGGAGGAUGUUGCUGCAGAAAGAUGGGGGUCUUUGGAGAAGUUGAAAUCCCUGGCGAAUGGCGAAGUUGUAAACAGCCGAGAACGCAAGUCGAAUGAAAAUCAUGAACGACAGGCACAAAGACAUCGGAAAGAUAACAGAGAUGAAUUACGUGAAGACGUUAAAAAGGAUUCAAGAAGUUCCAGUUCACGUGAUAACAGUAAGGAUAUGUUCAGGAAACCGAUGGAUGAACAGAGAUCGUCCUUGAUGAAGUUAAUGCGAGCACCCGCGGAUGAUGACAGCCAUACUUCGAGAUCACGUGACCGGAAAUAUGAAGCGUACAGAGAGGAGAGAACUACCAAGCCAUCAGGAAAAUGGAGGAAAAACCUGGGAGAUGAUAAAGAGAAGGAAACAAGUCACAGGGAACAUUUGAGGGAAGAAAGAGACAUGAAAACAAGUUCUAAACGAAGCAGUCCGAGUUCAGAAUCGUCCUCAGACGAAAACGAUGGCAAAGAAGACAAAAAAGAAGAGAAAGAAGUAGAGAACGAAGAAAAAGAGGCGAUGUCGAAACGUGUAACUGAGGCUGAUCUCAAUGCUCUCGGAGCGAAACGUUUAAAAGCUGAACUCAUGGGAAACGAGGAACUUGCAAAAGAGCUUGAUGAGAAAUUAGAGAGGUUAAGAAAAGUAAAGGAAAAACAAGAACAAUCAAGUUCGAAAAUCGAGAAAAAUGACGAGGGUGAUAAUGUUGUUGUUUUGACAAGAACAGAUCGUGGUGGAAACGUUGUUCCGUUACAUGAAUCUCGUUCGAGAACAGAGGGAAAAGGAAAACGAAGAAAGCGCCACAAGAUGGUGUCUACUCAUGACGAGGAAGGAAAGCGCAGUCGCUACUUUUGUGACGAUGAUGAUCAUGAUCUCAAAUCUCUGGUUGCCAAAGAAAGGACGAGUACCGCCGAAGACCAGAAUGCUACGUAUGCUAGACUUGCCCAUAAGUUGGGAGGACAGUUUGAUUUGGAUGACAAGUUUGAAUCAGCCGCUGCGAGCAAGUACACUUCUGAGGAGCUUGAAGAGAAGUCUAAACAGAAGGCUAUAAGAGAGCAUCAGCGACUCGCUGCCCAAAUGGAGAAUUGCAAGUUUUGCCUGGAUAGUCGAGAGUUGGCGAAACAUCUUAUCAUCGCUAUUGGAUUGAAAGUGUACCUUACUCUACCUGUGAAUCAAUCAUUGACCGACGGUCACUGUUUAAUAGCUCCCAUCAUGCACCAUACCGCUGGUACGAUGGUGGAUGAAGAUAUCUGGAGUGAAAUUCAGAUUUUUAAGAAAGGCUUGACAAAAAUGUUUGAAGAAAUGGGAAAAGAUGUAGUAUUUAUGGAGAUGAACAGAAGUUUGCACAGAAAACGUCACAUGAUGAUUGAGUGUGUUCCAGUUGAUAAAGAAGUUGGUGAUAUGGCACCGAUUUAUUUCAAAAAAGCGAUACAGGAAUCAGAUUCGGAGUGGGCGCAAAACAAAAAACUGAUUGAUACAAGAAAGAAGAGUUUCCGUUCGUCGAUUCCAAAAGGCCUGCCGUAUUUUGCUGUUGAAUUUGGACUGGACGGAGGGUUUGCGCACGUGAUAGAAAAUGAAGAAUUGAUACCUCCUUAUUUUGGCAAGGAAAUUGUUGGUGGUAUGUUGGAAUUAGAACCGUUCAUUUGGAAGAAACCAAGAAAAGAGAAUUUUCAAACUCAAAAGAAGAAGGUUUUACAGUUUGCUGAGUGGUGGAAACCAUUUGACUGGACACAAAAAAUACAGAAAAAGUAAAGUUAGCUUUGGGAUUCCAAGUUGAUUUCAAAUAAAGCUGGGAAAUAACAACCCACAACUGAGAACUCGAACUUCGAGCUCAUUGAUGCGAGUUGAAGGAUACAAGGUAGAGUCUGAAGAAUGUUCUUUCAUUUGGCCUAAUUCCAUUUACCAGUUUCGCAACUCUUGUUGUAGUCUGAUAUAGAAGAUCGCGUUUGAACGAUUUUUCCGCGGUGUAAGAAAAACACUCCUACAGGAGGUGUAGGAUAGUGUGCGAGCUACUACCCUUGUUGUGCAUCACGAAACGGACUCGUGCUUAUUACUGGAAGAAGCCCUCUUAUUUUAUAUUUGUCUGCGAAAAUGAUGUGCAUAUGUUCUUCUUGCAUAUGUGUGCAUUCAAUUCAAUUCUUGCAUAUGUGUGCAUAUGCAAGAAUUUAGUUUGGGACCAUUCCGCUUGAAUUGAGCCAUACAAUGAUGCACCGAAAAUGACCCACACGAUGAACAUUUGGUGACAAAAAAUGUGAAUGGAAUUACGUUUAGCAAAAAAUAAUAUUCAGUCACGUAAUUUGUAAAGGAAAGGAAAAUCUUUUGU